AUGAGGGCCCUUAAACAGGCCAACCCUGAUAUGCCAUGGGUGGUUGUGACAGAGAGGGUUACACGCGUGAGCAGCCGUGCGUUUGAAUACUACGAGGUACCCCAGCAACAGAACGGUGUGGACUGCGGGGUCUACGUCUGUAUGUUCUCCAAGGAGCUUAUGGGCCGAGCUUUCCAAUUCAUGGAAGAAGGGAUCAGACAUCCCCGUUACAGUGCCGUGCAAUGCAGGUGCGAGAUUCGGGCUCUGAUGUGCGAGGCCGGCGAAGGUACUCUGCUGGAAUCGCUCGGACUGAAGGGGGCCGAUAUUCCCCCACAGAGUGAUCAGCACGGGGGGGACGAGAGUGAUAGCGACCAGGGAGUUGAGGAGGUAAAGGAGCCAACGGUGCAAGAUCUGGCGGCGGAGCAGUGUUCUCAUGCUGCACAGCUCAAGAACCUGCAUGAAGACGUGGAGUCCCUGAAAGAAUCCGUUUACAAGGGAGAACAGGAGCUCGUCAAAGUGACUGGGACGAUGUCAUCAGUCUUUACGGCCUUCCAGCAGAUGGCUGCCAAGAUAGGGUUCAAGCAGCCGACGGCUGGCCUGGAGGAUUUGAACACCAAAGAACCCGCCAACUCAAUCGCAGCAGAAAACCCGCCGCAUCGUACGGCCGGAUCAUCAUUUGAGGCUCCUGUUGACACGAGCGGUGCUCGCCACGCUUCCUCUGCCGGCCCGUCACAUGCGCGUGCAUCUAUUUCCGCGACGAUGCUUGGUUAUGUACAAGGCCAUGGAGCCACAACCGGUGCACAAAAGUCUGCGGCGGGUCACUCUGGCCCCGCGGCCGUCGCUUCUACCUCCGCGCCUGGUCAGCCGGUUGCUGCAGCAUGUGUUACUACAGCAGCAGCGGGCCUGCCAGGUAUCGCGGAAGGUGCUCUGCUACCUUCAGCGGCGCAGCCAGGUGCACCUGCUGGUGCUCUUCCAUCUGCUCCAAGUCAGCCAGGUGCCUCUGCCGGUGCUCAGGCAGCCGGGGUUGGACAGCCAGGUGCAGCAGCGGUUAAGCCAGCAUCGGCAGGAAGUCUGCCAGGUGCAAUUCCUGCAGCUGCUGCUAGUCAGACAGGCGCAGCAGCCGGUGAUACUACCGUCCCGACAGGUCACACAGGUGCAGCAGCCGGGGUUCCAAACGCCUCCACGGGUCGGACAGGUGCAUCCGCCGGUUUUCCACGUGGAGUAGAGGCACGGGCUCAAGCUGCCACGGGGCGGCCUAUCAACGCAGCUGCGGUUCAGCCCAGAAACGAUGCGUGGGCCCUAGUGGGACCGCACACGGAACUCACCAAGUUUCACAGAUGUGUGCAGGUCCAGGGUUCUCAAGGGUCGGAAGCGGCGGCGGACACUAGUAGGGCACUUGCUGUUCAAACGGGUUCUUCUGCAUGGUCUUCUGGGGAACAGUUUUUUGCCCCCUCUGCCUUUCCACGCGGGCCGCAUAUGCAGGGAGCACGUGCACCAUCUGCUAUGGGGUUUGCGCAGCAUGCAGGUGCUGUUCAGCCGGCCGCCCCAGCAUCCGCCGCACCAUCAUGGCCGAUGGGCCAUGCUCCCCAACCUCCCAACGCGGUAUACCUCGGAUCUGGACAGCCGCACUCCUUCAUGCAGCUACCACUGUCGACGCAUCGCCCCCCGCUGCAUCAUUCUGCUACUUUACUCGCGUCUGAUGUGGUGCUCGACAAUGCGAGCUGCCAACCUGCUCACACAUCCGCGUCUCGUGGAGUGGGUCUAUCGAGCAUGCUCUCCGGUUUCAUGCAGGGGUCCCAGCACGUUCUGCCCUCACCGGCAGCGUCCUCGUCUAUGGUGCCCUCGACCCAGGGGGGGGAGCACGGCGAGGUGCCCAACAAAAAGGGGUGGACGGGCGUCAUAAAGAAGCUGGACAAGGACGAGUGGAUCAGUAGGAUCGUCCUAGACCGUGCAUCACAGUCGCUGAUCGUCAUUAACAGCCACUUUGGAUCAGAGGAAGAGACGGCAAGGUCAAUAGUCGCAGCGUCGCACGUGAUGUUCAUUAACAAGCCAACGCGUGGGGAGCUUAUUCCCUUGACCGCCGACGACAAGGCAAAGCUCAGAGAGUGUUCGCCGCACUAG